AGCACGCGACACGAGAAGGUUCAGCGCACCGCGUGCAUAUAGUGCUCUCGUCUGGGCUCGUGUCGGCUUUAUUGGUGUCUCGCGAUUCGCGUACGAUCUGCCGUUUUUGUGCGUUUCACCCACAGCCCAGACCCAAAACGGGUUAGAGACAGAGGAGAAAAGGGAGAGAGAAAGAAAGCAAGCUACAAACUAGACCAUACGCACUGUGUGUGGCUGUGCGUUGGGUUGCGUCUGUGCGUGCGCGAAGAACAUAACGGUGACGGGAGGGACAGAGAUCGACGGUGCGCGAUCGCGAUCUCGAAAGGCAGCGAACGGAGACAGAGGCUCCCGUCGACGGUGUCUCGUUGAGGUGGUUAAGGGGGAGAUAAAUUUAGAGAAUCCUCUUCCACCCCUUCUCACGGCGUAUCGUACAACCUUGCCAGUGAUUGUCGUUGCCGCGAGUGAUAAGCGGACCUAGUUGGUGGCAGUAGUAGUAGUAGUAGUAGUAGUGCGGCACACCCGAGAAGCGAAGCGGAAAUGUGCAAUUGAAGCUAUCAGCCUAGCCACUGCAAAGGUCAACCAAAGAGAGAGUGAGAGAGGGAGAGAGUGGCAGAGAGAGCAACACGCAACCCUUGCAUCACCGAUCAACCACCGUCGAUCACUCCUUCACCCCAGCUCCACAACACGAUGGUCCUGUCCCUGUUUAUGGUGCAAACGCUGACCACCCUGGUGGAGCCGCCACCGGCAAUCGGGGGUCCCAAGGGUUUGACGCAUCCAGCGAUCGCCGGGCCACAACCGCAGGCCAACAUUGCGGUGUUUAUGUUUCUGUUUAUGCUGUGCGUGCUCGAGGUCGUGUUCGUCAAGCUAAUCACCCUGACGUCCUUUGGUAGUGAAGCUGCUGCUACUGCUGCCGCUGCUGCCACGGCCACCGGAACCACAACGAGGACGACGACGACGACGACGACUGCGACUACGGAUGGGGCUUCUUCUUCACCACCGUUGGUGCCUGUGCUUGGCAGCUAGACCCCAAGCGCUCUGUCAUGAUUGCGAAACAGCCCCCGUCGGCUCUCGCGCCAGUUCGAGGUCAAACGACUGAGCACCGACCGAAUCGCGGACCGAGGAGAAAGGUAGAAAGCUCCCCAACUGGACGAUCUGGUGGACGAGUCAUAAUCUUAGCCGGGUAGACACACGAGGUUAUCAGGGUAUUUAUUGUAAAAAACAAUCCCACACCCCGACAGAGACACUGUUGGCAUCUCUAUGAAAGUGAUAAAAAAAAACCUAAAAUAAAUUGGAAAUAGGAAACAGCUUCUGUUAUCGCUCUGUCGGGCUUGGGGUGUAUCUGUCGAUAACAAGCGAUGGUUGUUGGUUGAUGGAUUGUGGAACCUCCGACCAGCACACUGUGCGUAAUCGAAAACCAUCCAUGAUUUGAUUACGUUAUCAUGUGUGCGCGUUUGUUGGUGUGUGCGGAUAGUGGCGGAUAAAUGAUCUCAAUGCUCAAUAGGCGCAAAAAAUAUGGAGCAUUGAAGCGUUUGAAACCACGCACUUCGCACAAUAGGCCAUUAAUCCGGUGCCGCCGCAUCACUCCAGUUCACUCACUAGCGGGACUACAGACAGAUAAGGGAAGAUUAGAUAGAGAGAGAGAAAGAGAGAGAAGGAGAGAUAGAGCAUUAUCUGUGGCAUGCAAAUAGGUUGCAACCAUCCAGCUGUUGGUGAAUGCGGUCUAGCGCAUUUUGUAUAGCAUUCAGACAUUCAUUGUAGACUUUAAAAAAAAGAAGGUAUUAGAUUAACAAAAGCAUAGAACUGGAUUUCUGAGCUGGAAACUAGCGCUUCAACAGGCUUUCGAUUCCGUUCACUCCCGGGAGUUUUAUCGAUUAGAACCGUUGAGCCGGAAUGUGGAACAAAUGAAUUCCAAAAACUGACAAUAGCGAGUGAUAGCGCCACAGAACCUAGAGCGCCAACGAGACCGGGGGGGUGAGGGGUGCUCUAAUCAACAUGCAAAAUGUCAAAUGCACUAUAUCCAAGUCAGGGACAAGCUCAGGGGGAAGGUUUUUGCUAAAUCGAUCGAUCGUUUACUGUCAGCCAGUUGUUGCUCAUCAACUGGAGCUUCCGUUACGCCAUUUAACAUUCCGCCACUAGCGCAUCGCACUAGUAUCGUGAAGCUAGAGCAGCUGUGAGGAGUAUGUGUUGUGUUUAUGUGAUGUAAGUAGUGCGUGAGACAGACAUUAGUGUUUAGGCAAUGACGAGUGGCGAGAGGCGUAAGUGGUGCUAGCGUGUUAGUCUACUAAUCGGAAUAGCUAAGCAGACGGGACUCGGGAAGCCAAUUCGAGUUGGAACGUUGUUGAAUAAAUUAGUGA